AGAGAAGCAAGAAUAAAAGGCAGCCGGGAGAGCAGUGUAAGGGCGCAGUACAGCCUCAGCACAGCUGAAAAUACUUUCCUCGCUCAGUUGUUGCUGAUAGAAUAGAAGCCAACAUGGACGUUCUUCAUCACUCAGGCAUCCAAGCCACACACUACCUCCAAACAAGCUACCCGGGAUCUCAGGAUUGGUUCCUCUUUGUCUCAUUUGCUGCCGACCUCCGAAACACCUUUUUUGUCCUGUUUCCUAUCUGGUUCCACCUCUGCGAAGGCGUCGGGAUCAAGCUCAUUUGGGUGGCUGUGAUUGGCGACUGGUUGAACCUUGUAUUCAAGUGGAUCCUGUUUGGGCAGAGACCGUAUUGGUGGGUACACGAGACCACUUUCUACCACAACAUCUCAGCCCCUACCAUCCAGCAGUUCCCAGUUACUUGUGAAACUGGCCCAGGGAGCCCCUCUGGCCAUGCAAUGGGUGCAGCUGGUGUGUAUUAUGUGAUGGUUACAGCUAUCCUUUCCAUCAUCCUGGGGAAGAAACAGCCAUCAUGGAAAUAUCGCUUCUUGCAGGCGGUGCUGUGGACCACUUUCUGGGCCAUCCAAAUCUGUGUCUGUCUGUCUCGUGUCUUCAUCGCUGCCCAUUUUCCCCACCAAGUGAUUGCUGGUGUUUUCUCAGGCAUAUUGGUGGCUGAGUUGUUCCAGCGCAUACACUCCAUCUAUGAUGCCAGCCUACGGAGGUAUUUGGGCACCACCCUUUUCCUCUUCUCCUUUGCCCUGGGCUUCUACCUGCUCCUCAAAGUGCUGGGUGUAGACCUCCUGUGGACUUUGGAAAAGGCCAAGAGGUGGUGUGACAAUCCAGAAUGGGUCCACCUGGACACCACACCUUUUGCUGGUCUAUUGCGCAAUUUGGGUGUGCUCUUUGGGCUUGGCCUGGCCCUCAACUCCCCAAUGUACAUGGAAAGCUGCAAAGGAAAGCAAGGGCAGCAGAGGACCUUCCGGCUGGGCUGCAUUGUUGCUUCACUUCUCAUCCUGCACCUCUUUGACUCUUUCAAGCCUCCAGCCAAGGUGGAGCUGCUCUUCUACCUGCUCUCCUUUUGCAAGAGCGCUGCUGUGCCCUUGGCAGCAGUUGCCCUCAUCCCCUACUGUGUCUUCCAGCUGCUCAGUCAGCAGGACAAAAAAAUCGUAUAGCUGUUGGGACUGAGUUGUUUAUGGAACUGAUGGAAGGAAAGAGAUACAAGGAGGCGGAAACGCAGGGGCCAAAGGACAUUGUUUAUAAUGAUCCUCUUAUCUUGCUAUUCUGGGCUGGCUGAGCUUUGUGGGCCCCUGCUGGAUUCAGGGAGAAGUUGACCCAUAUAGCCCCAAAAUAACAAACCAUGCUCCCCACUGUUAUUCUCCAUCCAGCAAUGCCAAUAAGACAUGAAUCUGCUGGUGCUUAUUUGAGAAAAUAGAGAUGGAUGCCAGCACUGUUCUCCACCAUUAGGAAGCUCAAUGAUCAACCUGUCACUCUCCGCUAUGCUCACAGGAUUCUCUGUCUGAAAGUAUUCUUCCAUGUAUCCUGUUGGUGGUAUAGCUAGGAUUAACCUUUGCACCAAAUGUCUGGACCCCCAUGGCCCGUGGUGUCACCAUGUGACCACUGAGACAGUGGCAUACGAUGGGGGACCUGAGCUAGCAAAGUCAUACUAAGUCUACUGGAACUGACAUUGGUUAUUGUCCCAUCCUUUUUUAUUGGGUUUGGGUUUUUUUAUUUUGAAAAAAAAGCAUUUUAUAGUUGAGAAGUAGCCAGAAGGUAUUUUACAGUAUUACUGAUGCUAAUUUUUCUUAUUUUCAAUCUAAAAUUCAUAUUUUUAAUUGUUUUCUACUAACAAAAUGGUGCUUAUUGCCAAGUAAACAUGCUAAGAAAUAGAACAGCCGAAGCUGUUUCAAUCCAGUCAUCAUGAUGGUGCUAUACUGUAAGUUUCAAAUGCAAAUCAGAUGCGCACAGAGUAUUUUUUUUUCAUCCUUACCAAAAAAAACAAAAACAAAA